GAAAGCGUCAGAUUGUGAAUCUUCCGGAUAGGUGUAAGGAAGAUACCGGAAAACAAAUAUCAGUGUCAAUGUUUGGUUCAGCAUACUGGAUACAAGACCCAAAAUUCAUUCAAUUUCAGUAGGAGGAGGGCUGUUUAUUGUAGGUGUGGCAAGGGGAGUGGCCGACCUUCAUGCUGAGAGGUCACGGAGGAGGAGCCCCAUGGAUGAGGGUCAGUGCGAGAGUGCGGGACCAGUGGUGUCAGAGGGUCAGGAGGGCGUAGUGGACCUCCACUACAACCAAUUGGACCCCUCGGAACCAAUUCAGGUCUCCGCCCACCAAAACCAGAACUUGACACAAACUCAACUCGAUGAUGGUCAGAGGGUUGGAUGUGACUCCAUCGAACAAGACUCUUUAAAUGCUAAUAGGGAUGAAGAGGAGGAGGAAGAUGGUGAUAGAAAGAUGAAGGGAGAGGAUGAUGAUGUGAUGGUGGAAGAAGAGAAGGACAGUGUGACAGCACCCGACACUCCUAUGACUGACUCCUCCUUCUCAGACACAGGCAGUUUGGUAGAGCUUCACCCUUCUGUGUCUCCAGAGACUACAUGUCCCGUCAGCCUCGUAGCAGGUUGUCCAGACGAACCCUCCUACAGUAACCCUGAAGGGAAGAGGCACACCUCCACCACAGAACCUACAGGACCUACCUCCACCACAGAACCUACCACCUCCACCACAGACCCUAGCACUGCCCUCCUAGCCUCCCUAGAGGAGCUAGGGGAACGUAAAGAUCACUCCCACCUUCCUCAGUCCCUCCAUCAGUAGGGGCACUGCUGUCAUUUCUGAUCAGCACCUCUCUGCAUCUGUCUACUCCAAUGAUGUAAAUACAUCAUUGGUCUACUCCCUCCCUCCUCCCAACACUUUCAACUGUCUCCUGGGGGCGCGUUCAGGUGGGUUCAGCGUUACAGAAUGUUCAGAUAUAAAUGUAUUGUUGAGAACAGACAUGGCCCAAAUGGAACCCUGGACCCUAGCACAGACUGGGAGGAUUUGACCGGUGCAGUCAAUAUGGUAAUCGCUCCACCUUGCCCUCUGAUAGGUUAGGUGAAAGUUUCACCAUAUUUAUUAUGGCAAUCAAAUCCUCUCAGAUCUUCACAUUCGCAUAGGGCAGCGGUUCCUAAACUAGGGGUCGCAACCCCAUGUGCCUAAUAUGAAAAAAUACAAAACAAAUUAUUUACUGUAUAUUAUAAUAUCGUCUUUGUAUCUCAAAAUCAUGUGGUUGACCUUAAAAUAUCUAAAUGAAAAUGAUUCAAAUCUAAAGGGUAAUAUUCAACCAGAUCAUGGAAAGAGGCUACACUGUACUGGUGAAUCGGUUGGACCAGCAACACUAUGAAACCACACAAUAUUGCAGAGACUUUGAUAUUACCAGCCGCAAUUUAUAUAGUGAAAGCCAUGUGUGGGGAGGGAAGAGGCUCAGAAACUCACAUCAAUACAUUUGUCAAAUAACAGUGUUUAAUGAAGAAUUCAUGCUAUUGCUAGCAAUCAACAGGAAACUCUUAAUGACUCAAACUGCCAUAUGGAAGCAUUGUAUGGCACAACGAGAGCAACUGGCGCCAAACGAGCUGAGCAGAGAACUCUGACUACAUCAAACCACAUCCACUGCGCACGCCUGUUCACAAAACUUUGUGGAGAUAAGGGAUCAGAACAUGACAAUGUUGUAUUUCACAGCGAAGCUUGGUGGUUAUCGAUGGGGAGUGGUGGAAAGAUGUUUUUCAUUAAGAGAGGAACUCUUGUAGUUCACAAUGGAGGUAAAAAAAAAACUUGGUUGACUUUCUGUGUAAUGAAAAGAAAACGAGUCUCCUUGCCUAUUUAUCAGACCAAUUUUAGAAACUGAACAAACUGAAUGCAAGCAUGCAGGGGAAAUACAGGGGCAUGCAGGGGAAAUACAGGGGCAUGCAGGGGAAUGCAGGGGAAAUACAGGGGCAUGCAGGGGAAAUGCAGGGGA